AUGGCAUUAGCAGGAUUGAAAAAACAAUUCAACAAAGCCAAUCAGUACAUGAAUGAAAAGAUUGGUGGCGUUGAAGGAACAAAAUUUACCGAUGAAUUCACUCAACUUGAAAGGAGGACCGAUCUUACCUAUGAAUUGGUAGAUGAAUUGAUCAAUCGGACCAAAGAAUAUUUGCAGCCCAAUCCAGCUUCACGAACAAAGCUGAUGGUCAGUUCAAAACUGAAAGGUGCACCCGGUAAACCGCAUUCAUAUCCACAACCAGAAGGCAUUUUGGCCGAUGCCAUGUGCAAAUAUGGAAAAGAGGUUAAUGAUGAUUCCAAUUUCGCUAAAAGUUUGGCUGAAAUGGGUGAAGCUUUACGUGAAAUGGCCGAAGUUAAAUAUGCACUUGAAGAUAAUGUUAAACAGAAUUUUCUGGAACCAUUGACACAUUUGCAAGCAAAAGAUUUAAAAGAUGUUCUGUUUCAUCGUAAAAAAUUAGAAGGACGACGAUUAGAUUAUGAUUGUAAGAAACGUAAACGACAAAAAGGUACACAUUUCAGUGAAGACGAAAUACGUAUGGCUGAAGAAAAAUUGGAAGAAUCAUAUAAUUUGGCAUCGAUGGGCAUGCACAAUCUAUUGCAAAAUGAGAUUGAACAAUUGUCACAGAUUUGUGUACUAUCCGAAGCAUUGUAUGAAUAUCAUAGUCAAUGUGCAAACAUUUUGGAAUCAUUAAAUGCUCGAUUAAUGGAAAUAAAAAAUGGAGCAGCCCAGCGUACAUUUCAGCCAUAUAUACCGAAAAAAUUACAUGAAUUGAAUCUCAAUGUAACAAGCAUUGGCCAUGAUGAUCUAUCACCCGGUGACGCACAAAUGAUGAAUGGUUCGAAAUUUUUUAUUAAUUCCUGUGAUUUUUUAAACAAUAAUAAUAAAAGACAUACUGUUGCUGCUGCUGCUGCAUCCACCACAAUCAACAAUCAUACGACAACGAAAAAAGCUUCAUCCUCAACCCAUUCAUCCCCAUUGUCAAUUAAAUCGGGAAAAUUUUCCGAUGGUUUUAGCUCGAAUAGCAACAGUAAUAAUAAUAACAGUACAACAGCCUAUCUAUUGAGAGAAAAAACUGGUCAACAUAAAACUUUGUCACAUAGUAAAAGUUUAUUAAAUGUAUCGAAUAGCAAUAAUAAUACCUAUGGUGGUGGUGGUGGCCUAAAUUCUGUUUGGGCCAGUUGGGAUGAUAAUGAUCCACCAUCACAAACUAGGAAUGAUAAUCAUACAAAUAGUGUAUCGAUUGGAAUCAAUGUAAAACAAAUGACAAUAAACAAACGACAAUGAACAACAGCAACAAUCUUUCAUAUAGGAAUUCUUCAUAUCAUCCAUCAACUACAACUCGUACACCGACCGAUUCACGUGGGCCAUGUUGUCAAGCUCUUUAUGAUUUUGAUGCUGAAAAUGAAAAUGAAAUUAGUUUC